CAUCUUGUAAAUCCAGUGUUGAAAACGACUACUGUAAACUGUGUACCACACGAAUAUUUAAAUAUCAAAAGUAAGGAUUCUGAGUAGAAAAGGAAGUACAUGCGUGUUAUACAAAUAUAUCAUGAAAGUACAAAUGUAUGAUUAUAGGCUAUAAGUGGAACUUAUUGUUGGUUGAAUGUGUAUAUAAAACAUUUGUAAAUACCCUGACUUAUAAUUAUGACUAUCAAUAUAAUUCAAUAUAAAGUACUUAGUAAUUGCAGGAAAUAUGGGAUACAGUUUAAUUGUAGGCACAACAAUGCUAUCACAUGCCAUUCUCUUGCAUGCCAGCUCUGCCACCAUUAUUGUGUCUCAUUGUGGAAAAAUGGACAAUAACAUUGUAAUGUGCUUUGUUUAACCACUAAGGUUAAAAGGUACUAUGUAGAUGCAGACCAGUGCAACAUUUAAAGCCGAAUGGAACAGAAAUAGGUUUAUCUACCCUGAGAGUACUCAGUCUUGCUGCCACAGUUUGGAAAGUUUGGUCAACAGUCACCUUAGAGGGUCGAGUGAAGCCAAACAAACUUAUUCUUAGUAAUCACUUUUACUGUGAUGAAAUAUUUCCAAGUGUCCACAGGACAGGAUGACUCACAUGGUUUGAGAAGCAGGAAAAUACUGUGAAACACAUGCUGUGCCUGUUGAUGAUAUUGCUGAACACCUAUUAAGGUGAUGGGGUACGUUGCAGAAGGUUCUGGGUGCACGUGGUUGGAUUACUCACACAUUGAUAGGACACUUAUCGGUGUUGGUGUCUCUAAUUGACCAUUUGCCUGUAUAUCGCGGAACCAUUGUGCCGAUUUGUGGAUGAGAUAUCCAAUUAUAAUAUAAACCUUGGUCAGGUUUUUAAUGCUUCCCAUUUCACUAGAAUGCAGUCGGUCAGGACUUUGAACACCUAGUUUGAAUCCAUGAUUUUUAAGACUGCAGGACGGAGGUGCAGCUGUUAUUGAGAUAAAGUGCUGUGCGCGUUAUAGGGCAGCUGGGCAGUGAGAGCGCAGCUGCAGCUUUAAGCUCAUAGUUUGGGAUGGGCUGAAUUCAUAACGUCAUUUCAGCGCUCUGUCUUUUAUUCUUCGCCCCCUCAUCUCCUUCCCUCUCUAAAUGACACAACUCCCAUGUUCCGUUAAACCUCUGGCCAUAUUUUCCGAACAACUUUCUUUUUUUCCCCCCGCGGGACAUUUUUCCGGGGGCGAAACUUUUCUGGCGUGUGAUCGUUUCUGGAGUUGACACAGCAGUCGUUCGCUCUCAUAUGUGGAUUCUUUGGAAAAGCCCAUUUUAACAGCCCAGGAAAUGCAGCGUUUUCUCCCGCCCAGAGGGAUCGCUGCUUAACUGAAUCCCGACAUGGAAGAACAUACAGAUAUCUCCAAAAACAAAUAAGUACGCUAUGAGGAUUUAAAUGUUUAUGUUAACGCACAGCCUGCUGUGAUUCAGCUCCAUCUCGUCAAAAUGAUGUUUUCGUCCCUCUCGCUGUCUCAGGAUGAGUUCCAUCCGUUCAUUGAGGCUCUGCUACCCCAGGUUCGUGCCUUUGCCUACACGUGGUUUAACCUCCAGGCCAGGAAAAGGAAGUACUUCAAAAAACAUGAGAAGAGGAUGACUAAAGAAGAAGAGAGAGCUGUCAAAGAUGAACUACUUGGGGAGAAGGCAGAGGUGAAACAGAAGUGGGCCAGUCGUCUUUUGGCUAAGCUAAGAAAGGAUAUUAGACCUGAAUGCAGGGAAGACUUUGUCCUAUCAAUCACCGGGAAGAAAGCUGCAUGUUGUGUCUUAUCAAACCCUGACCAGAAAGGCAAAAUGAGACGCAUAGACUGUCUCCGACAAGCUGACAAGGUGUGGAGAUUAGACCUGGUGAUGGUUAUCCUUUUUAAAGGAAUCCCACUGGAAAGCACAGAUGGUGAACGGCUGGUGAAAGGAGGCCAGUGCUCCAAUCCAGUCCUCUGUGUCCAGCCUCGACACAUCUCUGUCUCUGUCAAGGAGCUCGACCUCUACCUUGCUUACUAUGUGCAGGAGAGAGAGGCCGAGCAGAGCAGCAGUCCCAGUCGCACUGGUGUGGGUUCUGAUCAGGAGGACAGUCGAACUGCCACCAUGGAUGGUCCAGAGUUCCAGGAGAGUUUUGUAACAUCAGGAGUUUUUAGUGUUACUGAGCUUGUUCAGGUCUCGAGAACUCCCGUUGUAACAGGAGUAGGGCCUGGUUUCUCUGUGGGGGAGCUCCAGGGUCAUCUGGCCUAUGAUCUCAACCAGUCUGUUAACCAGCCAGUCAGUCUCAGACGAUCACUGGCCAGCACCUCAUCCAGCGGGAGUAAACGUCAUAAGUCUGGCUCUAUAGAGGAAGAGGCUGAUAGUCCAGGUGGGGAGUAUUACCAUUCACCUUCCUCACCAGCCAGCAGCUCCAGGAACUGGACUGAUGACAUGGAAGGAGGGCUGUCUCCCCCGGUGAAGAAGGCAGAACUGGACAGUCCUUCUCCCCAGGAAGACUCACCAAGAAUGGGUUCCUUUACUCAGCACCACCGGCCUGUUAUAGCUGUUCACAGUGGUCUGUCCCGGAGUCCACAUCCCUCCUCAUCUCUUCAUUUCCCAUCUUCCUCCUACUUCCCCCAUGGAGCGAUCCGUUAUCCUCCUCAUCUUGCCCAAGACCCUCUAAAGGAUCUGGUUUCAUUAGCCUGUGACCCUGCCAAUCAAACCCCUAGCUCACUGAAUGGAAGUAACCAGGUCAAAGUGCCCAGUCACUACAUCUCGUCACAAAUGUUGGCACCCCCUGGACCUGCACCCUCUCUGGCGAGUCCCCCAUCCUCCCUUUCUAGGCCGACCCUUCCUACAGAGUCAAAAGCUACUACCACGUCCUCUGAUGCAGGAGCAAACUCCCCCACAUCACCCACAUACUCUGCCCCGGGGACCCCUCCAGCUAAUCGAUCAUCCUUCGUGGGAGUCACCCCUCGAGACCCAGGUGGACUCUACCAAGCGCAGUCUUGGUAUUUGGGCAACUGAGGGAACUUUGGAGGAAACGUGAUUGUCAUGACAGUAAACUUCUGGGGGGGAAAAAUCAUGUUGUGAAGACAUUUCCAGAGGAAAAAUGUAUUAACCUCUGGUCAUACAUAUAUAUAAAUAUACGUUGCAAUAUAUUUAUAUAUGUGUAAAGAGACGUCCUGGAUGGAAGAAGGAUGCUGGGCUCUCUCAGCCGUUUUAUAUCCCCAGUAUGAACUAUGCUUUAUGACAUUACAUGUUUGUCACAAAUGGCAUAUUUUCAAAGAAAAGUAACGACUUAAUGCAGAGGUUUCAUUGGUCCAAAUGAACUACAGACCAGAACCAGGCAUCAACACAUCAGAUUCUCAGAAGCCUGAAACUUAACUGUGUCCCCAGGAUGAGUCCUGUUUCCCUGGGAUGGAUGUCAGCCUUGACCCCUGUACCCUGGAUCUCGACACUAAGUCAACUACAAGGCCUAUAUAGACCUCAUCCCUCCCUCAACACUUAAAAUGCCCCACUCUCCGCUGCAGGUGCUGCUUAUAAUAUAUGCAAAUAAGCCUCCUUUAAUUUCUGAACCAACCAGAAGAGGUUGUUAAUAUUUAAUGUUUAUUUGCACUUUUUAAGUAUGUCAUUGAUACGUCUGAAGAAAAUUACAAGCUGAAUAGCGCAGUUUCUUUCACUCUUCCCAACAAAACACAGAGGCUUCAUAUUUUUUAUUGACAAUCAUCCACCUGAAAUUAUUUAGUUGCUUUGCAAGGCUCAUGUUUGUAAGACUGUUUGAUUGUGCUCUUUGGUAGAAAACAACGAGUAAUAGUGGAAUAUAAGAGCUAUAUUCAUGCCUCCUCCUCCACAGCACACAAUGCUACAGCUGAAAGCAAGUGUGGAGCAAGGCCCAGUUUUACUAUGCCAUGUUAGAGUGCAUGAGUGGGCCAUGACCUCAGUUCCAAACGUACAGUGUUUGACAUUGACGUGACUUCCUCAGUAGAAUUAUCAAAAGGCAAACACAUACCUGGAUGAUGUGGCAGCACAGCCAGCAGUACAUUGGCUGCUGAAUGUGGCUGAACUGUAGCCUGGUUGUGUAAUGUAGUGUGCUUGUGUCUGUAGAUGAUUGUGUAUGAGAAUGUGAUGGUUCCUGCAUUUCCACACUCAUUCCUGCUUUGAAGAGAUGUCCUGUAGUUUCUGUUUGUCUCAAAAUGACAGGAUCUGUGUUUGUGUGUGGGUGGGUUAGAAAGAGAUAAAGCAGGUGCUGCACUAUGAUUACAGUAAAAUACGUUUCUUUCAAAAGUUACGAUGUGGUAUGUUGCCAAGCUGGAGGUUUAGCAGACUGUUUUUUGUUUUUGAUGAAGUUGUUGAUGCUGAUGAGCAUGUUAUGCAUAUAUGACUUGAACUGUGGACAAAAUCUGGGUGUGUCGUCUAGCUGUAGAAUAAGUGGUGGUCCCUGACAAGUUCUGCUCUGUGUAGUUCAACCCCAACCCAAUCUGAACAACGUGUGAUGGAACAGCAGCAGUAGGGUUUGAUUUGGGACUGGGCUGGGCGACACAGGUGAACAGAAGAACGGUGCUAGAGUUGUUUUCCAGUUUGAAGUGCCAACAUCAACAAAUUAAGCAUUUUAAGGUAGGUCGAGCCCUUGGUUUUCUGUGUAAAUGUUGAUAUAGAGUUUGCAUUAUUGCUUGCGAGGCAAAGCAGUGUUCUGUUAUCGCUGAUGUUUCACAGCUUCAGUUAUCAAAUACAUUUCUAUAGUGGUCUACUGAAAGGCUUGCAAGCUACAUUUUAACAUUGACUGAAAUCUUCAGAAACAUUUAAAAAGGUGAAAAAACAUAACGAUGAAAGAAGGAAUAAAAUGAGGAUCAGAUUCUUGAAUGCACCUUAAACAUCAUCAGUUCUGGCAAAUAAAAUUCAUUGUAAACUCUAAAAGAAACAGUAGUAGACAUGUGCACCAUGGCCCUUUGAUAAAUCUUACACAAUGUCAUUUGUGUAAGAUAAUGUUACAUGUUGACAAUGUCAAGAUUUUUAAGAAGUAAUACAUUAUAGUCUGUGCCAUAAUUUAUUUCUAAGAACUGGUGAGUCUAAAGCAGUCUCCUAAACACUUGUUAUUUUUCCGUGGAUGUAACGAUGUAAAAAUGUGUUUUUUGAUAGUGCAAUCUGAUUGGAUACCACACGAGAAGAGUUUCCGAGUAACCUGUAUUAUUCACAGGAAAUUUUCUGCUGGAUUGUUUCUGCAGUCCGUCAGUUUUUUCCACUUGCUUUCUGUGCACAGAGAGUAAGAGAAAACUCCAGACAUUGUUCCUUGGUGUAGUUGUUGUAGGCUGUUUCCAUGACCCACAUUUGUCUCCAUCUCCCUGGAAACAAAUAUUCUUAUUGGAAGAAAGUUUUUUUUUAAAGUGUCCCCACUACUGUGGUCUGACCAAUGACAGUUUUCUUCAAGUCCUUUGCUUCAGCACCUUCAAUGCGAAAUAAUAAAAUGGAUAUUGGUUCAGAGAGCCAUAUAGUUUCAGCUUUAACUAGGAAACCCAAUGCUCCCUAGGAUGUAGGUCUGAACACUUUCUGUUCUCAGAAAAGAAAACAGAAUCUUGCAGAGCUUUGUUUCCACAUUCUAUGGAAAACUCACCCGAGGACAUUUUAUCAUUCAGCAGGACAAUGAUUCAAUUCUAUAAUAUUCACAUAGCACCAGUUUAGUCUUUAUAUGGUAAGGUAAACAUUAUGAUAUAAUACAGUGAGAAAAAGGGGAGGAGAAGUGCAUGUGCCCCAGCAGCAUUUAGCCAUUUGAAUUUGUCAUGUGGCUCAACAGCAAUAAAACUGGCUCAGUAGAUAAAAUAAAUGUUUGCAGUGUGUUCUAAUAAUAGUCCGUAAGAGAAGCAUAUAUAAUGUAGGUACUGGUCCCAGUACAGAAUCUAAUGGAACUUCAUGACUGACUUUUUUGCGUGAGGAAGUUUUGUUUACGUGAUUAAUUCUGAACCCCUAAGCUUGUGGUGCUGUGUAUUUAAAAGGGUUUACACUCAGACCUGCUCAAGUUAAAGCAGAGGCUUUAAAGAGAAUGUGCUGAAGUUCAACAGCUGAAGAAGAUAGAAAAUUGCUUCACUGGGCUUCCAGUGAACUGUUAGCAAAGCAGGUGGUAUAGUCACUGGAAAUAUUGGACCCAGGAUUUCCAGUGAUAUUUACAGUUUUGAUCAUGCAAGAUACAGGAAGCAAACAUCUGUGGGAUCAUGCAAACGCCUUGCACCAAAAUGCACCAAGCAGCAGAAAAAGACAGCAGUUCACAGAUAUGGACAGGCUUCACGUGUGUGUUUGUACAGCAAUUCGGACAAAAAACAGAAAUUCCAUUUUAACAUUUUCCUUCUGUUUCUCCUGCCUCCUGUUGUCUUUACAUUUAUAAAUGCUUGUGUGAGUUACUAUGGGAAUGGGCAUGAAUGAUCAAUUUCUAAGGAAUCUUACUUGGACGUGUCCCCAUAUAAUUUGAAUCUUAUAUCUUGAAAUUUGAUUUGAUCUUGUCUGUUUUCUGUCAGGCCACACCUAAAAUGUACUUUACCUUGCACUAGAGCAGAGAUGUCGGUGCAUUUCCUUUUUCUUACCCACGGUUUGGGGGCUAUAGCUAAGUUAAUUUAGUGCCUACAAGGGAUCAAUGACAUGGACAGAAAGUGUUGAUAUGAACUGGAUUUUAGUUUAAGGUUCAGUUAAAGUUGUCUUAAAGCUGAUGUAUAUUGCAUGGUGCUGUCCUGGUCGCUGUGCUGACCUAACCAAUGCAUGGCUCAACUUGAUAAUACCUCUCCAUCUCUGUCUUGCUCUUCCUCAUCCUUCUUUUCCUCCCUCUGUUCUGCAGACUACAUCAGAGGGAAGUGGUUGGAAGGCUAUAUGUUUCUUUGAAUUUAAUAAUAGCUCUGUUGUUAAACUUUUGCACGAUAUUUCGUAAAACACAUUAUGUGCCUUGCCUUUAGUUAAAGAACAGUAAUAUUUUAUGGAAACAUGAUCAUAUGUUUCACGGUACAAAAAAGCUGCAUGUGUGAUUACUCGACAUUAACCAGUGUAGCAAGUGCACAUCUUUUGGUUGUGGUGGUGCGCCACCUGAGAUAGUAACUUACGGCUAAGCUCUAUGAAAGCUUCCACUAGCUGUUUAUCAUCUACUCUGUUAUCCUAAAGAUAGAGCAAUUUUUACAGUGUGAAAGGAAGUGUGUGAAACUUUGCGGAAAUAUGCUCUUUUUACUGUCGUAUGAAGAAAACAACUUUGUUCCCUAAAUAAUAUACAUUUGGUUGCAAUUAAGGUAGCUCAGCUGUUAUAUCAUGACCUACUGAAAGUGUGAACUUGGUCUGUAUGGCCCCAGUGACGCAGGCCUGGAGAUCAGUUGACUACCAUCUGGCAACUACACAUGAGAAAAACGUGUCCUCGGCUACUCCGAGUGGUAGUGAAAAGUGCCACACAAACCGGAAAUGGGCAACCUGUGCCGUCCAACUAAAAGUUUUGCCUUUUACAGCUGGUUGGCUGAAGCAGUGAGGCUUGACUUUUACUUUGAAGGCUAAUGUCCUGUCUUUUCACUUUGCAUAGCAAGUUUUGCUCUUGUGGGUGUAGUGUUUAGAGACAACUUGGCAUCUUCCAUGCAAACUACUGUGGCAGUCUGCUAGCAUCUAAAGCAAUCACAAGGAAGUUUUUGAUGCAGCACCAUCUGUGUGAGCAAUUUCACCCAGCAACCACUCGCCAUCUGGUUGGGAAAUAUUCAUUUUUCACUGGAAGGUUCCCAGAAGUUGACAGGUCUCUAGGCUGGUGUGACUGAGGCCUAAGUGUGAGAACUGUAGACUGUGAUCCAGCCUCCAAGUAUAUACACCUGCUGUCAUAUAUAUCAUUUAGGUCCCAUGCUUGAUUUAUUGCAACAAAAACACGUGAACACAUGGAAAAGACUGCAGUUCCCAGUAUUUUCCCAGUUCCUUUAGACUCUGUGGAUUUUUCUGGUGUUAUCUGAGAUACUCAGGUGUUGCCUGCACUCAUAUAGCUGAUUGGAUUCAGUGGCUGUGCUGUUUAAGGCUGGCGUGUAGGCUGAGGUGUCUGUGGGCUAAUGUAAGUGAACAUUAUUGGUGUUGCUAUGUGUAAAGUCACAUGCACACAUUGGUUGAUAUUUGCUUAGAUAUGUGUUAUAUGAAAAUGUGGACACCGUUGUGUUGUAGUAAAAUGUUUUUUCUGGGCGUGGUUAAAUAUGGAUGGAAGCUUUGAUUUGAAAAUACACUUUGCAGAGGCUAAAACAUGGGUUGAGAAAGUCAAGUCUGGUGGUAAGUCCUGCCUAAAUGUUCGCAAUACAAACAAAAGCCAUUUUCAGAGGCACUGCUCAGCUCUAUCUACUUAACGUUUUAUUGUCCCAUGUUAGAUGCAUAUAGACACAUUUAAAGGUUCUUAUUGCAGGGAAAAAUCUUGUUGGGCUUUAGCUAGUAUGGCCACGUAUGGUUGCCAUGUAAUGGAAGCAUGUUAAACAUGUACAGGUUUAGAUUUCAGGGCUUUGCAGCUUUAUGACUGGUGAUGAGAACACCGUCCAAUUGCCUAUAUGAUGACUUUGAUCCUGUUACUCAGCAUGUGAUAAAAGGCCAUAAAUGACUUUGAGUUAACAUUAUUUUUACUCAUCUUCGCUUUAGGUUAUUUUUAGGUUUUCCUUGGGUUAUUAUUACUUUGCUUUAGAAUUAUAGUUUUAAACACAACAGUGUGUAUAAAAAUAUAUACAAAAUGCACUUAUUAGUUAUCAAGAUGUAUAGAAUGUUUAAAUCAUUUGUGGCUGUCUUAUACAGUAAGUGGAAACCAUGAAAUGGGGAAAAUUGUGUCUCUUAGAGAAAAAUGUGGACAACAAAGCUGUUUGGUUUGGACGUCAACUGAAGUGAAAUGACACAAUGCACAACUGCUAAGACUUCACAAUCUCCUAAAUGUGUCAUUGUGAUAAAGAAAUGUUGACAGUGUUGUCACAUGUAGCAAUGUUUUUGUAAUACAUAAAUUAUGUCCUGAAAUAUUGAAACUUUUUUAUAGGAUCGAGCUGUUUGAAAUCAUUGGGCUUGACUAAUGAAAUGCUUCUUCUUACUGUAGCACCACACUUAUAAGAAUAUGGCCUUAUUUUUGCAAGCGUCAAUGAAGGUUGAGUCAACAGUUAAAAAUAUUUAGGUCAAGUACUUGUGUGCAGAAAUGGUAUACAUAGAAAAACAAGGAAUCAUUUAUCCAAAUAUUUUGGUGAAAAUUAAACGAAAUAGGGCUUAAAAAAGCAUUCAGUCUUGGACUAUACUGGUCCAUCGCUGCUUCAAAAAUAAAGGUCUUCACCACUGACACGUCAUCCAUAAUAGGGCAAACACUGACAGAGAGAGAAUGGCAGCAGCGUGACGCUCUAGCAAGUUAGAAAAGAGCAAUAUCUGGUCAUUUUAUUGCACAUCAGUUGCACAAACACUUUUACCCGCUGAGGUAUUAGUUUCUUCACACACAGACCUAAGACUUGUAGCAAUACAGCAAGAACCCACCAAUCCUGGUCAGGUGAACAACUUUAGCAAAUCAGAGGAUCCUCAGAGACCUCCUGAUGGGAGUUCCAUCAGAAAUUAUGAGCCAAAGUGGAAAGUGUAAUUGUUGCUGCAAGAUCAUAGAUCGAAGCUGAGUGGUAGAAGCUUUAAUUCAGGGCUUUAUAUGGACUUUGAUAGUGGCUGUGAUUAUAAACCUUAAGUAACAUGUAUUUUGGCUUGAAUGAUAUCUAGUAACCUGACUAUGGUGAUAUAUCCAAAACUGUAUGAAGACAGACUGUGUUGCUUGUACAGUUACCAAAUCUUUAUGUACUUUACUUAAUGUUAAAACGAUGAAGCAGAGUAUUAACCUAUGAUGGGUCUGAUUGCGGUUAAGUUGUGAUGAGGCCCACUAUUUGCAAACAUGUUUUUUCUUCACGCGUAUAGGAAAUAUAGAACUUGCUUUUAGAUUUAGUUGCUUUAAAAGUUUCAAAUACAUUUUUAACAAACACUACAGCCAAAAAUGCCCAUGCAAAAUGUGCAAGUGGUUUACAAAAAACUGUACAAGCUUUGUAGUUGUUCCUUCUCCUCCAGCUGACGACCACGAUAGAAACUCACGCAAACCUUCACCCGUGGAAAGAAUGUACGCACAGUUUACUGGCACGUGACUUAAAAUCCACAUUUUGGAUGCAAUGCUGUCAGGAAACAGUGUGAACUGUUGAUGUGCGUCUUCAUUUCUGUUUCCCACCAAACGAAAACCUGACAACAGGAUGCCUAAGUAACACACUCACUCUGCUGAGUGGAAGACACAUGCCCAGUACUGUUAAGGUGAUAGCGUUUCAAGCUUGUGCAGCAUGUUUACACAAUGUUUGAAAUAGAGGUCUAUCAUAAUCAUAUCAUCAUAUCAUAAAAUACUGAAAUCAAGAUCAAAUUUAUCAAGAAUUACAGCUAUUAAUUAAUCAUAAUUGGCAUGUGAUGUGUCUUGAUAUUAUGAUCUUUCUUUUUUAAAGAAAGCGACACACCAGUUCAGGCUCUCAUGCAGACACUGUCCUCUUACCAAAAGUGUACAGACAUGCAAACUCAUCAAGUUCCUCGCUCUAUUCAAAUAAACCAGCAGGGCAGCAGCAACUGAAAAGUUCUACCAAAAACAAUGUCAAUAAGCAGUGCCUAUCACUUUACUGUUGGAGGUAUUUUGUAAGCUGUAGGUGUUGUUUUCAGACCCUACAUGGUUUGGUGACAAACAGCGUUGCCCUCACCGGUGCAGGUCCUGAAGUAACAAGCCAUACAACAAACCAAAGAGUUGAAGGAAAUCUAGAGAUAACACUGAGUGUGCAUUUUGGGGGACACUAAAGUUCAGAGGUUUUGCAGUUUAUGGUACUUCAUGUUAUGCUGUACUACGUUCGGGGCCUACAGCUGUGUUCUAUUUUCAGCUUUUAUAGGUCACGCGUGAAAAACAUUAUAAAUGCAGCACAAAUGUGAUGCCACAUUACAAACGGAGCAUCUGUAUCAGUUGAUUUAUCCACUGCAGUGUGCUGUCAGUGCAUGGAGGUCUGUAUUAUCAUUAUUAUGCAGUUAUAAUAAUGUGUCAGUUGUAGUAAUCAGCUCUAUGAUUUGCUUUCACCCACUGUCUACUAUUUCCCCCUGCAAGCUAGUUCGCUUCACCGUGUUUUGUAAGACCCCACCCCCGCGGACACACACACAAACACACAGUGCAGUAAAUACAUGCAUAUUUAUUUUGUGCCACAGAUACAGACUGGCGUUAACUGAGCGUGGGGUUGACUUGGUUCCCUCUAGAUUUUUUUGAAACUCUGUGGUUUAAAGACAAACAAGUGCUGUUUAGGCGGCCACUGUUAUUAUAGUUCAAAUCCUGAUAAUCAAUGUAUGUGUCCAUAUAUUUCAUGUUACACUGCAUCACACCAGAGUCCAAACUGCUCGAUGAUUGUGAUUAGCAGGCCAUGUUCAGUAUUGUGAACAGCUGUUUCUGAGCAAACAGUCGUACUGCAGGUGGUACUUCUUAUUUUUUAGUUUCACGGCUGCAGAUGAUCAGAUGUUGAACUGUUUGCUGUAUGAGGAACAAAGGGACUGCAGAGGGCUCUUUUCUAUGAACUAUCAAUGAUAUUCAAUGCUCUACCCUACUGCUGCUGUUUCCUGGAACAACUCCAUUGAUUUGGUGACUCCAAUAUGUGUUUCCUUUUUUUUGCUGUUACUUGAAAUGCAUGUUUGCUUUUUAAUAUUUUUAAUGGCCUUUGAAAACCUUUCCUGUAAUUCAGACUUACAGCAGGAAACCACACUUGGUUACUAAAAAUGGGAUUGUAGAGCUGCAGGUUUUCCUCUGACAGUGAUGCCAUAUUGAUUUGUUUGUGUAACUGAAAGUACAUUGCUACUGCACAGUUUACUCCAUGUGCUCAAGAUAGUAUGUAAUGAAUGAAAGUUUUUUUUCUCAGAGAAUAUUUGAAUGCAUAUUUGAACAUUUUUUUUCCAUCUUAACUUUUCCAGAUAUUAUAUUAAAAAACUGCUUGCUUGCUUCCAGACAUAUAUCCCUUACAUCAGAGAAGGCAUAGGCAUUAAAACAUGUCAUCAGUUAUUGCAUGACUGCAAUUCACAUAGACUGUCGUCCUUUUCACAUUAACUCUAUUGUUGGAAUUGAGUUAGCCAUGUGAUAACAACAACAAAAUCUUUUUAUCACUUAAAAUGGGCAUGCAUGAUGCACACUGAGGUACGCUGGUACCUAAAAAUAACAACGCUGCAGUGAAGCAGAGAGCGGUCCCCUGUUACAGCGAUAUGGGAACGUCUCUGUGUUCAUUAUUGUGUACUUUGGUCACAGUUUUAACAUCUGGAUAGAGCUGAGUCCAUUCCAUUCCAUAUUGGAAAGCUGAAGUGCUGACAUUAAUCCUGACCUCGAGAUUUACUGUGGAAAGGGCUGCUGCUUCAAGCAGAAAGUAGUUUCUUGGCAGCUUUACCGAGCCUUUUAAGUACUUUUUACUAUGUGGAUUUUUUGUUUUUUUGUUUGUUUUUCAGCUGAAAUUAUUGUCAGUCAUAUAUUUUUGCAUGGCAUAAACUAAAGUCUCGCACUUACCGGUCUGAUCCUCUUUGAAUGUAUAGUGUUUGCGUGAAAGCCAUCUGAACCAGUGUUUAUGACCUUAUGUUAUUCAUCUGUUGUGGGGGAUAUUCAACCUUUAGAACCACAUUUAGACAUUGCUAUUGACAGAUUCUAAUGAAGUCAUUUCUGGAAAUGAGUAUGUUUCCCUAUGCAAAAAUAUACCAUUAAUAAACAUGCUAUUCUAAAACUCA